CCGGUGCUACCGCCUUCCAAAUGCGGACAAUGGGCUGGCGCAGCAACCGGCGCCGGGCCGGCCGACGACAAAACCAACGCGUCUGCCCUUGUUCGCGUUUUCUUCUUGACCAUUGUCACCCCACGAGCGCAUACUGCCCUCGAGCUCCUUCCAGCCACAUAUCCCUCCUCUAACCCUGACCAUACUCGACUUCUGAGUCAUGUCUUCCUCCAACAACGCCAACUCCAUCGCCCAGGGUAACGCGUCGGCCAUUAAUGGCACCGCCGCCCUCGCCGCCAACGCGAACGCCUUUGCCCCUGCCGUCGAUGCAGCCGCCGACAUCGACACGCCUCUCAACACCAGCGAGGCCGGUAACAACAAAUCAGAGCAGCCAUUCCAGGACGCGUUCCUCAAGGCCCUCAAGACCGCGGUCGAAGGCGCGAACCACUUCGUCAACUCAGACAAAUCCGCCAACUUUCCGGAGGCUCGCCUGCUAUGCAGCGCCGUGGAGAAUAUGCCUGGUCAGACUGAUGCUGGAGCAGAUGAAGUGCCCGAAGCUAUGGACGAUCUCUCGAAGCACAUCAUCCAGUCGCUGAGGGACGGCGCCUUCACCAUCCAAGAGCUCUUCCCGCUCCAGCCCGGCGAAGUUGAACCGCAGCCAAAGGCGAACGAAGAAAAAUUUCCACUUUGGCCUGCCAUGGUCCACAAGAGCUUCAACAUCCAGGACGUCUCCCAACGCUACGUGCCCGUGUCCGCGAUGCCGGUCAUCGACCCCGCCCUCCCGUACGCCUUCCACAUCGACCGCGACGGCGUCGAGAUGCCCAUCGACUUCCCCUUCACGCUCUCCUUCGAGCCGAAGAACAAAAAACACAAGUCGAUGUGCGUGGAGGUUGAUGUCGAGGAGGAGGUCGUCCCUGCCGCUGCCGCGUCUACGGAGGUGGAGAUGGAGGAGGUCCCCGCCACGCGUGGCACUGAUGAUGCCGAUGAUGCCGCUCCUCGCUGCGACACGAGGCUUGCCACUGGUGGCAAAGGCAAGGGCACCGGUGGCAAGGACAAGGGCAAGGGCAAGACUCGGGCUGAGCCGGAACCUGCGUCCGACUCUGAGCUAUCCGAGCUCACCGAGUCAGAGACCGACGAGCUCUCCUCGCUGUCCGAGCUGACGGAGAGCGAGGACGAGGAGCCCGCGCCGAAGCCUGCCGGCCGUCACGCGAAGAAGCCUGCUGCGAAGCCCGCGAAGGUGGCACCCAAGGCGCCGAAGGCAGCUGCGCCCCGUGCUACGAAAGCAGCAACUACGAAGGCUACGAAGGCGGCGACGCCCAAGGAGACGAAGGCACCGGCUCCUCGUGCCACGAGGGCGGCUGCACCCCGACUCGUCAAGGCAGCCCCUAAGAAGGCUGCUGAGCCCGCGCCGAAGCAGGCGCCUAAGCCCAGGGGCAUGCAAGCGAAGGGCAAGGAGCCCGCUGCUGCCCCGCGCGCCACAAGGGGCGCGGCUGCCACGUCCAGGCUCAUACAGUCUACUGCGGCGUCCAAGGCGCGGGCUACUGCUGCCACCAGCAAGGCUGCUGGUGCUACCAAGGCGAAGGCCGCUCCUGCUCCCAAGGCCACGAAGGCUCCUGCUGCGUCGAAGCCCACUGCUGCACCCAGGGCCCCGAGCCGCGCCGCCGCCGGAAAGCGCAAGCGCGACGACGACGACGAGGACGCCGCGCCCGUCGCGCAGCGCAGAAUUGCGGCUGCAGCCAGGGUCUCGCCACCCGCCGCCCCCGCGGUGCGCGCGCAGGCCGGGCACAACCUCAGGCGCACGAAGGCCGUCAGCUAUAAGGUCUGAAGCAAUCGGUGUGCCGGAGCA